GCGUGCGCAUGCGCACACCUCCCGGCGGGCUGUGCGCGCGGCUCCGUCCUGCGGCGCGCUCGGGCCGGGCGGGGAAGAUGGCGGCGGGGACGGGCAAGCACAAGCUGCUGGGCGCCGGCCCCACCGAGCCCUGGUCCGUCCGCGAGAAGCUCUGCCUGGCCUCCUCCGUCAUGCGCAGCGGCGACCAGAACUGGGUCUCAGUCAGCAGAGCCAUCAAGCCUUUUGCAGAGCCAGGCCGCCCACCUGACUGGUUUUCCCAAAAGCAUUGUGCAUCUCAGUAUUCAGAGCUCUUGGAGACUACAGAGACCCCUAAGAGAAAACGUGGCGAGAAGGGAGAGGUGGUGGAAACUGUGGAAGAUGUUAUUGUGCGGAAACUGACUGCAGAACGAGUUGAGGAGUUGAAGAAAAUUAUCAAAGAAACACAAGAGAAAUACAGGCAACUCAAGAAGGAUGCGGAGCUGAUCCAGGCUGGACACAUGGAUAACAGACUGGAGGAGCUGUGCAAUGAGAUUAUGAUAAAGAAAAAAAUGGAGGAGGAGGAGGCAGAAGUCAAGAGGAAGGCUACAGAUGCUGCUUAUCAGGCUCGUCAGGCCAUUAAGAAUCCACCACGAAGAUUAACGGGUGUGAUGGUUCGCUCCCCUGCAGGUUCAACCUCUCCAGGGGGAGACUAUGCUCUGGGAGAUCUGUCUCAGCCUGCUGUGGAUGAGGCCAGCCCGGGGGUCACUCCAGGGACAUUGCCCAGCACCCCAGUUGCCUCCUUCAUUGGAAUCCCUGACACCCCUCCAGGCUCUGCUCCCCUGGAUGCCCCCAUGACCCCAGUCACUGAUGAUUCACCCCAGAAAAAGAUGCUAGGACAAAAAGCAACUCCGCCUCCUUCCCCUCUGCUCUCAGAGCUGCUGAAGAAGGGCAGUCUCCUGCCCACAAGCCCCAGGCUGGUUGGUGAAAACGAAAUGGCAGUAGCUUCUGGUCACAUGAACAGCUCGGGAGUCCUGCUGGAGGUAGGAAGCGUCCUCCCGGUGCUGCACAGUGGGGAAAUGCAGUCGGCACCUGGUGCUGUCCCUGCAUCUCCUGCUGCUUCAGGUGCUCCUACGCUUUCCCGGCUUUUAGAAGCUGGUCCUGCGCAGUUCACCUCACCUCUUGCUUCCUUCUCCGCUGUUGCCAGCGAACCUCCAGCUAAGCUCCUGCCACCCCCAGUAGAGCCUGUGUCGCAGGCAACAAUUGUCAUGAUGCCCACGCUGUCAGCACCAUCCGUUGUGCCACCAGCUGCAGCUCCAGAAAGCGUAGCCACAGUGAGCCAGCCCGAAGCCUGUGUUUCCAUGGAGGCAGUGUCUGAUUCCCAUACAGUGACGGUGUCCAUGGACAGCAGCGAAAUAUCCAUGAUCAUUGACUCCAUCAAGAAAGAGUGCCUGGGUUCUGCGGCUGGCAGCGCUGCAGGCUCUUCCAAAGAUCACUGCAUGGAUGGGAAAGAAGACCUGGAUUUGGCUGAGAAGAUGGAUAUUGCGGUGUCCUAUACAGGGGAAGAACUGGACUUUGAUACUGUUGGAAAUAUCAUAGCCAUCAUUGAGGACAAGGUAGACGACAACCCCGAAGUCCUGGAUGCAGCAGUUGUUGAAGCUGCUCUGUCUUCUUUUUGCGAAGAUACUGAUGACCCUCAGGCCCUGCCUGGCCCGUGGGAACACCCAAUUCGUCAGGAGCACGAGAAACAGGCCCAGAUACCCCAAGUGUCUGUGACUGUGAAGCAGGAGAGACUGGAGUGUGAGGAGCCGGAGGCAAAGGGAAUUCGAGAGCUAAUGGGCAUUGGAGAGCUGGGAUCAGAAAUAAAGACAGAACCUGCAGAGCAGGAGCAGAAUCAGCUGGGCGCUGAGGAAACCAUACCAGCAACUGCAAGAGUGACAGAAACACCAGAGCUGAGGAGUCAAGAGAUAGAAGAGGAUCAGAGAGCAGCUGUGGCAGCAGGAGAGAGUUCUGAAAUUGAGAUAGAAUCGACCAAGGGAGAAGACACGAUGCACAGCACGGUGAAGACAGAGACCCCACCUGAUGAUGAUUCAUCCCCUCCACAAGUCCCAAAUGUGAGUGAAGACUCCUCACAGGCUGAUGUUCAGCACAAAUUUGAGCUGUCAGACUCAAUGAAGGAGGAAGCCCGAGCCCUGUUUAGGAGUCAGAUGAAGGAUGGGCAGGGUGAAGAGGAUGAUGAGGAUGGUGCCAGUGAGGCUGCCAGUUUGGAGGAGCCCAAAGAAGAAGAUCAGGGUGAGGGAUAUCUGUCAGAGAUGGAUAACGAACCCCCUGUGAGUGAGAGCGACGAUGGCUUCAGUGUCCAUAACGCACCUUUACAGUCGCACACGCUAGCCGACUCCAUCCCCAGCAGCCCGGCCUCCUCGCAGUUCUCAGUGUGCAGUGAGGAUCAGGAAGCAAUACAGGCCCAGAAGAUCUGGAAGAAAGCCAUCAUGCUAGUUUGGAGAGCAGCAGCUAAUCACAGGUAUGCUAAUGUCUUCCUCCAGCCUGUGACUGAUGAUAUAGCACCAGGCUACCACAGUAUUGUGCAAAGGCCAAUGGAUUUAUCUACAAUCAAAAAGAACAUUGAGAAUGGGCUGAUACGAACCACAGCUGAGUUCCAGCGUGAUAUUAUGCUGAUGUUUCAAAAUGCAGUUAUGUACAACAGCUCAGACCACGAUGUGUACCACAUGGCUGUGGAGAUGCAGCGAGAUGUCCUGGAGCAGAUCCAGCAAUUUCUGGCCACGCAACUGAUCAUGCAAACAUCAGAGUCAGGGAUCAGUGCAAAGAGCCUGCGUGGGCGAGACUCCACUCGCAAGCAAGAUGCUUCGGAGAAGGAUGGAGGCACCAGAGGGCGUCGCUGUGCCAUCGAGGCAGACAUGAAGAUGAAGAAAUGAUGCUGCGGACAGAUAAGAAAACCCAGCACCUGGCAUCCGGAGCUGGAGUGCAAGCAAGAUGCUGUUAAAGCUGUUGGAGGAGGAAGAAAAGCUGCAGGUCUAUUUCUGGGACCUGUUCCACCUUCUUGGCUUGACACUCUGGGAAGCAAUUUCUCAUCAGAAUGUGUAACCCAAAGAAACUUCCUCGGAGGGGAAGACUAGCCCCCCUGCCUGUUCUAGGGCAGUCGUCUUGGGCUUCAUCAGUGUUCUGGUGUUAGCUAGCAACUGGUGGCUCGUAUGUACUGUAAUGUGAAGUGUACAGAUUUUUACUAGUGAUGUGUAAAUGUGUAUGUAUAUUAAAGUCUGGGG